GAGCAGCAGGAAUUAGAAUUUCAAGAUAAGAGAAGUUACAGAUCAUUUAUUUUGAUGCUAAUGUCUUCAACAAUGGGAGACAGCACAGAACAAACGGAGUUUGAGGGUCACCAGGUAAAUGAGCAACUCACCUGCAGUGAAGAAACGGAGCCUUUGAGAAGUGAAGGAGAAUGUAAACUUCAGAAAGGUGACCAGUUGCAUGAUCAGAAAGGAGCUGAUUGUCUGGGGGUACAUGAACUCAACUCUACAAAACUUCAGGAGAAAGCCAAGGACUCAGGAUCCAGCUCAGUAAUUCCAGCACCCACCUUGUCAGCAAUGGGAGAUGGGGCAGUGCAAACCGAGGAUCACCAAGGAACUGAUCAGCUGUCCUGCAAUGAAGAAACAAAACCUGUGAGAAGUGUAGGAGAAAGUAAACUGCAGAAAGGUGAGCAGCUAUAUGAUCAGGAAGGAAUGGAGAGACUGGAAAUACAUGAACCUAACUUCAGAAAAGCUCAGGAAAAAAGAAAGGACUCAGAAUACAGCUCAGUUAUUCCAGCAGUCCUGGUGUCAGCAAUGGGAGAUGGUACAGUGCAAACAAACAUAGAGGAUCAUUACGAAAACAAGCAACUCUCGAGUGGUGAAGAAGCAGAGCCUGUGAGAAGUGAAGGUGAAAAUAAACUGCAGAGAAGUGACCAGCUGCAUCAUCAGGAGGGAAUGGACAGCGGAAAGGUGCAUGAACUCAACUCCAGAAAACCUGAGGAGAAAGCCAAGAAGGACUCCGGAUCCAGCUCAAUUAUUCCAGCAGUUGCCUUGUCAGCAAUCAGAGAUGGAACAGUGCAAACAGAGUCUGAGAAUCCCCAUGUGACUGAGCAAAGCUACUUCAGUGAAGGAACAGUCCCAGUCAGAAGUGAAGAACAAAAUAAACUGCAGAAAGGUGACAAACUGCAAGAUCAGGAAGGAACUAAAAGUCCAGAGCUACAUGAACUCAACUCCAGGAAACCUCAGGAAAAAGUCAAGAAGGACUCGGGACCGAGAAUGACAAAGCAGUUCCUGCGACAGCACUGUAAGGAGCAGAAGCUCUACCAGACACCUUACCUGAAUGACACACUCUAUUUGCACUUUAAAGGCUUCUCCUGCAUUGAGAAUCUGGAGGAGUACACUGGCCUGAGAUGUCUGUGGCUGGAGAGUAAUGGAUUGUUACGGAUUGAGAACUUGGAUGCUCAGACCGAGCUGCGUUGCCUCUUCCUGCAUCAAAACCUCAUUCAUAAAAUAGAGAACCUGGAGCCGCUGCAGAAGCUGGACUCCUUGAACCUGAGCAAUAACUACAUCAAAAGCAUUGAAAAUCUGUCUUGCCUGCUAGCUCUCAAAACGCUGCAGCUAGCUCACAAUCGCUUGUCCACAGUGAAGGACAUUGAACAUCUGAAAGAGUGCCCCAGUCUGAGUGUCCUUGACCUUUCGUACAACAAGCUGACUGACCCUGACAUCAUCACUGUCUUUGAGGCGAUGCCUGAUCUGCAUGUGUUGAACCUUAUGGGCAAUGAAGUCAUUAAGAAAAUCUCAAACUACAGGAAAGUAGUGACUGUGCGCCUGCAUCAUCUGACCUACCUGGAUGACAGACCAGUCUUUCCGAAAGACAGGGCAUGUGCAGAGGCCUGGGCUCGAGGAGGAUGGAAAGCCGAGAAGGAAGAAAGAAUGCAAUGGGAAACGAGUGAGCGUAAAAAGAUUCAGGACAGUCUCGAUGCUUUAUCAGCGAUCAAGAGAAAGGCUGAGGAGAAACGUAGACUACAAGAAAUGGAAGAACGAGGUGAAGAUUCUAAUUCCGAAUCCAAUGACCCUGAGAUAAUUCCAUGUUAUUCAAGUUUUGAAAGCCAGCAAAAGAUCGAAACGUUUGUGAAUGAUGUUGUGAAAAUCCAGGAGGAGAUUCUGGAAGAACAGCAGCUAUUGGCUGAAAGAAAAACUGAGACACCUACUGAGAAUCAGCCAAAAGGAUCCAGUGCAGAGAUAGUAGACCAAGCUGCUUUACCUUGCAGUUUGGACAGAGGGAAUAGUACUGAGUUCACGCAGUCAGAAGAACAGGUUUUCUCACCAUCACUGGAUCCUUCUGACCAGUUGCAGAGCACAGUCUUCAACAGUAACAUUGCAGGCUCAUCAUCAAACAAGAUGCCUGCUGAGAGGGUUCUGGUGACGGAACUGGCAAAGACAAACACCAUAGAGACCAUUUGCUUAGAAGAGGACAGGAAAUUGUAUAUUGACGAUCUACCUGACUUAGAAGAACUGAGUGACUCAUCAGAACCUGAUCAGGCCUCAAGCUGCAAGACUGUCUAUCGGCCAAAGAUUGAGAUCAUUGCUGCUGAAUAUGACAAUAGAGAGUUGGGCAUGGGGGAAGGUAUGGAAGGUCUCAUUCGGAAGGUCACAGAUGAAAUAAAUGAAGAAAGUUCAGCAGAUCUAAAAGAGAAUGAAUGUGGAGAUAAAACUAGUCAAAAGAAACGAAGUGGAAUUUCAGAAGAAAAGUCUGCGACACAACUAACUACCAACAAAAUAGGAAACAUGUUAACAAGUGAGAGAAAUGUAGAGAGAACAACACUUGAACUGAGUACUCCACCAGGGAUACCUGAGGAAGACCAGCCUACAAGAAUACUCAUCGAGGAAAUCUCUAGCCAAUCUGUAACUGAGAGCACUGAUCAAAUUAAACUACUGACUGAAGGAAAUUUGACUCAUCGUGGUCCUGAAGGAGAAAAAAUUAAAGAAGAAUUAGCAAUUUUGGAGCUUAAUCAUAUCCACACUGAAGACAUUGAGUUUGGCCUGGACUGA